CCUUAAACCACACCAAAACCCAACACAAAAAAAGCCAAAUGGAGGGCUCUAUCAACAUUCUCUCAUUAUCCCUUCUCUUAAUUUUGAGCCUAGCACAAGGGGGACUAACCAACCCCAAUUGUGCCAAGUUUCACCAAGAUAACAAAGACUCAUCAACACUACAAGUCAUUCAUGUAGACAGCCCUUGUUCCCCCCUUAAACAACAAAAUGCACACUCAUUAUCAUGGGUGGAUAGUGUUCUCCAAAUGCAAAAUAAGGACACAAAUAGGCUACAAUUUUUGGCUAGCCUUGUUGCUGGUAGAUCUUUUGUCCCUAUAGUUUCUGGUAGACAAAUUCUACAAACACCAACUUAUAUUGUGAGGGCUAAAAUUGGGACACCACCUCAAACUUUGUUGGUGGCUUUGGAUAAUAGUAAUGAUUUUUCUUGGUUCCCUUGUGGUGGAUGUGUUGGUUGCUCUUCUAAUGUUUUGUCCUAUGACGAGUCUACCACUUUCAGCAAUGUUAGCUGUGAACGUGCCUCAUGUAGCCUGGUACCAAGACGGGGCUGCGAUGCGGCCACUUGCACCUUUAACCUAACCUACGGCGGUUCGAGCGUAGGUGGAACCCUCUCAUCUGAAACAUUGGCACUCGCCACCGAUCCGAUACCCGAAUUCCUCUUUGGUUGUGUUAAAAAAAUCUCCGGCAGCAACACUCCACCUCAGGGUCUAUUAGCUUUGGGCCGUGGUUCAUUAUCAUUUAUUUCCCAAUCUGAAAGCCUCUACAAGUCCACAUUUUCCUAUUGUUUGCCCAGUUACAAAUCUCCCAACUUUUCUGGCACACUUAGGUUAGGCCCAAAUGGCCAGCCCCAAAGGAUUAAAACCACUCCAUUGCUAAGAAACCCAAGGAGAUCAUCGUUUUACUAUGUCAAUUUGGUCGGAGUUAAAGUCGGAAAACGAAUCGUCGAUAUCCCUCCCAGUGCAUUCGCUUUCAACUCUAACACCGGCGCCGGCACAAUAAUCGAUUCCGGCACUGUGUUUACCAGACUAGUUGAGCCAGCUUACACGGCGGUGAGGAAUGAAUUCAGGAGGAGAAUGGGGAGGAACACGACGGUGACGUCACUUGGCGGAUUCGACACCUGCUACACCGUCCCCAUAACAAUUCCAACAAUAACAUUGAUGUUCGCCGGAAUGAACGUGACGCUGCCGCAAGACAACUUCCUGAUUAAAAGCAGCUCAAGCAGCACCACUUGCUUAGCAAUGGCUGCUUCCCCUGCUGAUCCAGUGAACUCUGUACUCAACGUAAUCGCCAGCUGGCAGCAACAGAAUCAUCGGAUUCUCUUUGAUGUACCAAAUUCUAGAGUUGGGGUUGCUCGUGAAACCUGUAGCUAAACAAAUGGAGCCUACUUACUUGGGUUUUGGAUUUUUCUUAAUUAAGUUAAUCAAUAUCAUCCUUUGAUGGGACCUUAUUUUUAUUUUUAUGUUUUAUUUUUUUAGUUUGGGGAAUGAAUUAU